AUGGAUGGGAUCCGUAGAGGCUUCCCUUCCGCAGCUGCCGCAGAUUCUAAGCCCCCUGCCGUGCUGAAUUGCAUGCUGUCAGUGCUUUUGGGGGCGGCUGCUGCGGCGGGUUCGCUUGCGCGGAAGGUUCCCUUCCUGAGACGCUGCUGCCUCAGAAGAAGGGCAGCAGCAGCCGCAGCAGAAGCUUCCGAAGGCGUCAGUACAGCAGACUUGGAGGAUGGCGGAGGAAGGGUGCUUUGGGAGCUGCGGAGUAGUCGAGCCUCCGCGCCGAAAGGCGUUGGAAUGCAGAUGCACUCGGAAGGCAUGGUGGUUAGUGGACUGCAGCUCGGAGGCGAAGGUCUAGCAGUCGCUGACACCGCUGUCGAGCAGGAUAGAUGUGUCUUUGAAGUAUGCGUGUUGACACCUGGAGAAAUACAUGUUGGCGUGUGUCGUCUGCCAUGGGCGGAAGAGCUACAAGACGCUCAGUCUUUCAUAUCUGGAAAGCAAAGCUGGAUGACACCCUUAGGAGCGCCAGACGUUCCUGCAGUUGAAGAAGGCGAUAUAAUCACUUGCGCAGUCGAUCAGUCAGACUCCCCCGCGAAGGUGAACCUCCUGCUAAACGGCAUGCCGCUGCCUGCAUCUUCGCGGUCUGGGAUACACGGAGAGGUCUGGCCGGCGGUAUUUAUCAGAAAGGGCGCUACAAUCAAGUGGGCAUUCGACAGUUCGGAUUUGAGGCACCUUAACGUGCUGCAGGAUCGAGGCUACCAGCCUCUCAUGGCGAGCAGAAAUCUCAUAUAG